UGUGACCAUUAAAGAGGAGCAAAAAACAAAAACGGAAAUAUUCAAUUAAUUACGUACUCUCAACAAUGCCCUUUCCCUAUUCUCUUCUCUCUCUCUCUCUCUCUCUCUUCCCAUUGUAUAUAUCUAGCCCCAACUCAAGAAACUGAAUCUCAACAACAAAACUUAUUCUAACACUAUAGUACUACUCUUUUUUUCUUGCCUGAAGUGAAGGAAUAAUGGAAAGAUUUCAUGAGGAAGAAAUUGAAGAGCCAGUGAGUCCAACAGGGCAAUACUUGACAAGCUCUUCACUAAGUGUGUACAUUCUUGGUGUCUUGGAAAGUGAGGUUCCCAUUGAUGACUCUCAAACCGUGCCACUUCUUCAGAAUCUCUUCCUUCCCAUCAACUCACGUUUCUCCUCCAUCAUGAUUAGGGACAAAAAUGGGGAGAAGAAGUGGAAGAAAGUUGAAGUUAAGCUGGAGGACCAUAUCAAAGUUCCUACAUUUCCCAAUGGCAAGUCAUCCAACUUGUUCUUAUAUGAUGAAUACCUUGAUGAGUACAUGUCCACAAUAGCUGUGGAACAUUUACCACAAAAUAGGCCACUAUGGGAACUUCACAUUAUAAAAUACCCAACAAGCAAUGCUAAGGGUACCUUGGUGUUCAAACUCCACCAUGCCCUUGGGGAUGGUUUUUCUCUCAUGGGUGCCCUUCUUUCAUGCAUGCAAAGAGCUGACAACACCUCUCUUCCCUUCACACUCCCAUCAAGCCAAAGGCCCAAAGCAUCAUCAAUUUCCAACACCAAAGGGUUUUUCAAGAAAUUGCCCUCCAUUUUCUUCCAAACUAUAUCCGAAUUUGGAUGGAGUUUCUUGAAAAGUAAGUUGAUUGAAGAUGAUCAAACACCAAUAAGGUCUUGUGCGGAAGACUUCAAGACUCGCCAAAUGACCAUCUCAGAUGUCACCUUCUCAUUGGAUCUUAUCAAAGACGUGAAAUCCAAACUUGGAGUGAGCAUAAAUGAUGUGCUUGCUGGAGUAAUUUUUUUUGGCAUUCGGCUAUACAUGCAAGAAAUUAAUCUGAAAUCAAGCCAAACCCAAUCCACAGCAUUGGUGUUGCUGAACACAAGAAACAUUGAAGGUUACAAGUCUGUUAAGGAGAUGAUUGAGAAGACCAAUAGUCGUUCUGCAUGGGGGAAUCAAUAUGCCUUUUUGCAUGUUUCAAUUCCAGAGCUUAGUGACUCCAAAUAUGCAAACCCACUUGAGUUUAUAAGGGAAGCCCAUAAGGAUAUGACCAAAAAGAAAAAUUCUUUGGCCACUCCUCUCACUGGCAUGCUUCUAGAUAUGCUCAGAAAACUCAGAGGUCCUGAGGCUGCAGCUAGCUACUUACGCAGUACUUUGAGAAACUCAAGCACAACAAUCUCAAACAUCAUUGGACCAGUGGAGCAAAUGGCUGUGGCUAAUCAUCCAAUUAAAGGGUUUUACUUCAUGGUAGCUGGUUCACCUGAGAUAAUAAAUAUAUUGACGGAGUUGCAGAGUCUCACCAUGACGAUCAUGAGCUACAUGGGAAAGAUAAGAAUUGCAUUUGGAGUAGAGAAGAACUUCAUCGACAAGCAAUUAUUCAAGUCGUGUUUGGAGAAUUCUCUUGAGAUGAUAAAGGAAGCAGCAAAAAAGAUUUCCGCAUAAAAUCAAAUAUGGAAGAUAUGUACUUUUUUUGUUGUUGUUGUGGAAGAUAUGUACUACCACUAUAUUCUAUCUAUAUUCUUGUUAAUAUUUAAUUAUUUUAUUUAAAUAUAUGUGAUGUGGUGAUUCUGUAAUAGAAAUUUGUUUCUGAGUGGAAUGUAUUUUAUUGAACUGGAACAGUAUCAUUACGGCCGGGCAUGGCUGUUUUUAGUUGGGAAGUCCCUACAUUACAUCAAAAAGUAGAAUUAAAAAUGUUUUUUUUUUGUUUGA